AUGAAGGUUCGAAGGAUAUCAAGGCUAUUGUUUGUUGCGAUAUUACUGUGGACAUAUUCAGGUAAGAAGACUGAUUGUAAUUUUAAUUUUUUACGCCUAUAUGCGAUCCCCAUUUUUUACCUCUUCAUUUUCCAGACACUUCGGUCUACGCCACAACAGAAGAGCUGAAACGUUGGAUCAUCGCGAACAAACACAAAUUCCCCCGCGAAAUCCGCGACUCCAUCACAAAUGCGUCCGGCGCAGAGAUCACUGCCGCCUUACUGCGAAUGCUGGGCUUCAAACCAAUCCAUUCGAAGGCCCCGUUGGCUGCAAUUUUACCCGAGGCAUUCACAAAAGUCGACAGUUUACCGGCAAUGAUUGGAAAGGGCGAUCGAAUAGGGCAAAUUAGAGUGGGCGAGAAGGAGAGUAGAGGUAGGUUGGAAAUGGGGAUUUUAUUGAUAAAAAAUUGGGAAAAAUUUAAAACCAAAGUUGAAAAAAAAGAAAAAAAAAUAAAAAAUAGAAAAAAAUAAAAAAUAAAAUAAAUAAGACUAAAUUUUAAAUGAGUAAAAAAAAAGUUUUAAACCAAUUUCAAACGUUAAAAAAUUAUUUUAAAAAUUUUAAAAAUCAAAAAAAAUAAAUAAAAAAAUUAUUAGGCAAUAAAAAAAUCAAAAAAUAAUAAUAAAAAAUUAGCGAAGAUUAUAAACCAAUUUUUAACAUAAAAAAAAUAAUUAAAAAUUAGAAAAAAAAAUAAAAAAAAUAGUUAAAAAAGAGAAAAAAUUCAAAAAAUAAAAAAAAAAAAUUUAACAUGCAUUUUCAACAAUUUUUUGAAAUAAAAAAAGUUAAAAAAAUUAAAAAAAAAAAUUUUUUUAAAAUGCCCCAUCAAAAAUCAUUUUUUUUUUUAUUUCCAGCCACCGUAUGUCCAUUCGACUCUACCCCACUGCUCCUUAUGGGUGAAUACUCUUAUUGCAAGCCGACCAGUCCAGAAGAUUGCCCAGCCGGAUAUGUUUGUGAUCAAAGUUUCGAGUUGGGGAGAUCGAUCUGCUGUAAGGAGGGAGAUCGACUCUUCAAGAGUUUGCCGACGUUUAAAGAAAGAAGUAAGUAAUAAAAACUCUUAAAUACAUUUCGUAUUUUACCCUAAUUUAUCAAUUUAUAAAAAAAUUUACCUUUUCAUUUUACGUAUAAAAUGUCCUCCGCAGGUCGCGCCUUUUAAUUAUCUCAAAUCACUUGUUUUUUUGGGAAAAGUGGGCCCUGUGGAACUUUUACCUCAUUUAAUAUACAUAUAUUUACAUCUUCUCGCAUUUUACCCUCAAGUUUUUUCUUCCAGAUAACCUUACAGUUCCCUCAAAUCUGGUUGGUUGGAAAAACAUUGUCCCGCCAAAAUCGACGCAGGAAAUGAUCAUUCUCGGAAGCAAAUUUACCACCAACCCUCCUUGGUAGGCUUUGUGUCUGAUAUUUUUUUGUAAAUAUCAUGUUUAUAUUAAUUUUUUUCGUAUCUUUAGGAACCCAUUCAAACCCCGUCCUACCGUAAUCCCAAUCAAACCCGGAAUAGAGCCAUUCACGGGAGUUCCCAUAAGGUAAAAUACGGCUUCUGGAAAAUUUCCAGCUUAUUUCUGUUUCAUUUUUCAUUUUCGCAUCAGUUUUAUAAUGUGCAGCUAGCGGAACCAAAUUAUACGAUGAAAUAUUUUUAUUUACCCGGAGGCUAUGAGACAAAAAAACUUCAUUUUUGGUUUUAGCUAGUUCUAGUUUCUCUAAUUUUGAUCCUAUUGCCUUCAUUUUCCAGGGGUUUUAUUCCGCAACCCGCGGAACCAAGUUAUACGAUGAAAGAUGUUUUCUCUCCCCUAAGGCUAUAAGGUUCAAAAGGAAAACUUUUUUGAGGCCUAUCAAGCUCUACUAAUUCUGUGUAUCAGAUUUUUUGCCCUUAAUUCCAAUUUCUUUCUUUUGAAACCUGCGUAACCAAUUUAUACGAUGAAAGAUAUAUAUGGUGGCCUAAGGCUAUAAGAUUCGGAAACAGCAAUUUUUGACAUCCAACUAUCCCUACUAACUUCGUAAAUCAGAUUCUUCGCCUUUACCUCCCAGUUUUUUUUCUGCAGCCUGCGGAGCCAAAUUAUACGAUUAAACAUGCCCCACUUUCCACCCUAAACCAACAUCGAACAAAAAUUAACUUUACCUCUCUCCAAGCACCACGCUAAUCAGUCUGCACUCUUCUAGGAAAUUCACAAUUGGAGGAACCGCCACUUUAUUGCCUUACACCCCAAAAGGUGGCAAGGUGAACAUAAUGACGACCACAAUGGCCACGAUAACCCCCGCCAAACCCAAUGAAUGGGACAAGUUAUGGUCAACAACGCGAAGUCCCAUCAAAACAGUCGAUGUGUCGGUCAUUCAGACCGGCAGCAGGAAUAAUAUGAUGGUGAGUUUGGAAUUCUUGGGAAUUAAAAAUUUGAAUUUCCCGCCAAAUUUUUUCUGGUUGAAAAAUCAAGGAAAAUAAAUUUUAAGAGUAAAAUACGACAGAAAAAAACUUGAAUUGAUCAAAAAAUUUAUAACAUUUUUGAUGAUUUAAAAAAAUUAAAAUUUGAAUUUCCCGCCAAAAUUCAAAUUUUAAAAUUGGCUUAAAAAUUCAAAUUUGACGUAAGAUACGAAAAAAGAGAUCUCUUUUUAGUAAAUUUAAACAAAUUCUGAUGACUUAGAACAAUUUUUUUCAGGAAGACCAAACCGAAGUUGUCGGUGCCAUCACCUUGAUCAAGGACGGCGGAACGAACGUUUUGGUCGACACUGGCGCCGCCAGUGAGACAGAAAAUCUCCUCAGAGGCCUGGCGGAUCAUGACGUCUCUUUGGAUGACAUUCAGGUCGUAGUUGUGACACAUGCUCAUCCCGGACAUGUUGGGAACUUGAAUUUCUUUGGUCAAAAACCCAUUUUGUUCCAUUCGAAGGAGUUCAUUGGUCAUCAUGUGACAAAUACGGAGCUUUUCGAGGUGAGUGGAGUGUUUAGGAGGCAUGAGGAGGGCAUUUUUGAGGGUUUCGGAGGUUUGAAACAGAAUGCCAAUUUUGGCGGGAAAAUUGGAAAUUUGAAUUUUGGGGGUUUCAGAGGCUCGGAAAUGAAGAAUAAAGGCAUUAGAGUAAAGAAAAAAUGUGUUGUAGGGCAUUUUUUGAUGCUAAAAUACGAAAAAUUUAAAUUUAAAAAAAAAAUUAAAAUUUCAAAGAUUCUGAAAAAAAUCCGGUUUUCAGCGGCCUUAUCGCAAAUUAACCCCCAACAUCGAAGUCUGGAAGACUCCAGGCCACACUCAGCACGAUCUCAGCGUCCUCGUCCACAAUGUCCCAAACUAUGGGACCAUGGCCAUCGUUGGCGACCUAAUCCCGGCCGAAGUCAUGCUCUCCGAGAAACGCGAUCCCGCCCUCGAGGAAGGCGUGUGGGACUCGACUAUCAAGCGGCAGAACGCAAAUCUCAUCAUUUGCAUGGCCGAUUGGGUGGUUCCCGGGCAUGGCGCGCCAUUCCGGGUGUUGGCCGAAUACCGACAACGUGCAGGAUGCGGAACGGUGGCGUCGACGAGACGAAAACGAUAA